GUUGCAACAUCUUAAACUUAAAUCAAGUAGAAAGGAAACAAGAAUUUUUUUAGUAGAACUCAUUAAAAUAAAUUGAAAUAAUAAAUACUUGUAUCUGACUAUGAACAAAAAUGGUUGAAACCCGAAAAUACGAUUACAAAGAAAAAUCCAUUGGAAUAAGACACUUGCAAUGUGUUCUUAUCUUUUUUGGCCAAGCCGUUGCACAUUCGCUUCGUGUUAAUUUAUCAGUUGGCAUUGUAGCAAUGACAGAUAAAUUUGGAGAUUCUCAGUACGGUAUCGACUCAUGGGAUGAACAAACUAGAUCGAUUAUUCUAAGCAGCUUCUUCUUUGGCUAUGUUACCACCCAGAUUCCUUCUGGACAAUUAGCUCACAAAUAUGGUGCUCAUAAAGUCUUUUUCUUUGGACUCACCAUUUGUUCGAUGUUGGCUAUUUUAACACCAAUUUGUGCUAAACUGGGUGGAUGGCAACUUGUGUGUGCAUUGCGAUUAGUACAAGGAUUCUGUCAAGGAUCACUUCAACCAUCAUCGAGUAAUCUUCUUUCCAAAUGGGCACCAGUUAAAGAACGUGGUUUAAUGGGAACUAUCAGUUAUUCGGGUGCUCAAAUGGGUACAGCUGUAAUGCUAUGUGUGAGUGGUGAAAUAUCUGCGUCAUUUUUGGGAUGGCCUGGAAUAUUCUAUGUUUCUGGUAGUGUUGGUUGCCUUUGGGGUCUUCUAUUCUACAUUUUUGGAGCGAGUUCACCAUCAGAAAGUCGUUUUAUCUCGGAAGAAGAG